CUCCCAAGGUCUCUGUGUCUCUAACAGCCCUCCUCUCCUCACGGCUUGUUUGCCGCCACGUGAAGGCAUGAACUUCUGAAUGCCUAACCCUGAUGCUUCAGCCCACAUCUUUCGUUGGUUCUCUUUGGGGAACUGAAUGCCUCUGUAUCUUGGCAAAACCUUUCACUAACUGGUGCCAACAUGUCCCUUCAGCCUGUCACACAACCUCCCCUGUACUGAUGCCACGUCUCUGGAUGCCCCAUAUGGUGGCAUGGCAUUCUGACUGUAUUCCUCAAGACUCACUGCUGGCAUCACCCUAUGGCGGAGCUUCCUGACCCAUCCCCUGAAAGGUUGUCCUGUGUCCCCACAGUGUCUCCUGUACACUGUGAGUUUGACAUCACAUUGGAGACCUGAGUCACUGUUUAAAAUGUUCAAAGAAAUAGUCCCUUCUGACAUUAGUGACUUGGGAGCCACACACAGACUCUGUGUCUAACUCAUACAUGGGUGACCUCAACUGGGGCCCUGGCCCUUGGGUGCCCACCCAUAGGACUCUGAGGAAAGUCCCUGACUUGUGAUAUCAGCUGGGAUUGAGAAGUGGAAGGAACGAACACUAAUGGUGGCUGAUGAGGGAGUGGCCACUGUGACUGGGGAGCAGAAGUGCCAAUGGCACAAGACAACAACGGCACACACCUCCACAUCUCUCCUCGGGUGGCCACACCUCAUGGCCUGGACUUUGCCUGACCAGGGUAGACAAGUAUAACUGUGCUCAGCAAGCCAGAGGAGCCAGGGCUUGCUCUUUCAGCUCCGGUCACAGCCACCAGACCCGGGAUGAUGUGGGUGCUGUACCUGCUGCUUCUGUUGGGACUGGGACUCAGGUCCCAGGAGGCCCUGCCGCCACCCUGUGAGAGCCAGAUUUACUGCCAUGGGGAACUCCUGCACCAAGUUCAGAUGGCUAAACUCUACAAAGAUGACAAGCAGUUUGUGGAUAUGUCACUCACUGCAUCUCCAGAUGAAGUGCUGCAGAGUUUCAGACAGCUGGCUAUGACACACAACAACAGCAUCCCCAGGGAAGAGCUUCAGAAGUUUGUCCAGACACACUUCCAGUCUGUGGGGCAGGAGCUGGAGCCCUGGAUCCCAGAGGACUGGAAAGAGAGGCCUCAGUUCCUGCAGAAGAUCUCAGAUGCCAAGCUGCGUGACUGGGCGGGGCAACUGCACCAGAUCUGGAAGAACCUGGGAAAGAAGAUGAAACCAGAGAUUUUCAAGAACCCCGAGAGGUUCUCCCUGAUCUACUCAGAACACCCCUUCAUUGUGCCUGGAGGGCGUUUUGUUGAAUUCUACUACUGGGACUCCUACUGGGUGAUGGAAGGUCUGCUUCUCUCUGAGAUGACCUCAACAGUGAAGGGCAUGCUGCAGAACUUUCUGGAUCUGGUGAAGACCUAUGGACAUAUCCCCAAUGGUGGACGUGUGUAUUACCUGCAACGGAGCCAGCCCCCACUCCUGACUCUCAUGAUGGAUCUGUAUGUGACUUACACCAAGGACGUCAACUUCCUGCAGGAGAACAUUGCAACCCUGGCCUCGGAACUGGACUUCUGGACCGUGAACAGAAGUUUCUCUGUGAGCUCAGGAGGAAAAAACUAUAUCUUGAACCGUUACUAUGUCCCUUAUGGGGGACCCAGGCCAGAGUCCUACAGCAAGGAUGAAGAAUUGGCAAACACUGUGCUGGAAGGGGACCGAGAGACUCUGUGGGCAGAGCUCAAGGCUGGAGCUGAGUCUGGCUGGGACUUCUCUUCACGCUGGCUUGUCGGAGGCCCAAACCCUGAUUUACUUAGCAGCAUCCGAACCAGCAAAAUGAUACCUGUUGACCUGAAUGCUUUCCUGUGCCAAGCAGAGGAGCUGAUGAGUAACUUCUACUCUAGGCUAGGGAAUGACGCCGAGGCCACAAAAUACAGAAACUUGCGGUCCCAGCGCUUGGCCGCCAUGGAGGCCAUCCUGUGGGACGAGCAGAAAGGAGCCUGGUUCGACUAUGACUCGGAAAAAGGGAAGAAGAACCUGGAGUUUUAUCCCUCCAACCUCACCCCGCUCUGGACUGGCUGCUUCUCAGACCCUAGUGUCAUUGACAAGGCUCUGAAAUACUUGGAGGACAACAAUAUCUUGACCUACCAGUACGGGAUCCCGACCUCUCUUCGCAACACAGGCCAGCAAUGGGACUUCCCCAAUGCCUGGGCGCCUCUGCAGGACUUUGUCAUCAGAGGUUUAGCCAAGUCAGCGACCCCCCGGACUCAGGAGGUGGCUUUCCAGCUGGCCCAGAACUGGAUCGGAACCAACUUCAAAGUCUACUCCCAAAAGUCAGCAAUGUAUGAGAAGUAUGACAUCACCAACGGCGGACAGCCAGGUGGAGGAGGGGAGUAUGAAGUUCAGGAAGGAUUUGGUUGGACCAACGGACUGGCACUGACACUUUUGAACCGCUAUGGUGACCGGCUGACGACCUCAGGAACCCAGCUGACGACCUCAGGAACCCAGCUGACGACCUCAGGAACCCAGCUAGCUUCCCUGGGCCCCCACUGCCUCCUGGUGGCCCUUCUCAUCAGCUUUCUGCUACAGUGACAAGGAGAAGAAUGGCCUCACUGUGUGCACUUCCUCCUCUGGCUCCACCCUCACCCCCCAGCUGUCCUGUUCAGUGCACCAGGGCCAGAAGUGAUCAGGAGGUCAAGAUUAGGGACUGGAUUCCUACCUGUUACCUUCACUAGGGUGGAAAGCCCUACUCGUGGGAAAACCGAAUCCAAAUGCCUGAAGCGGCCCACUGGGAACCACAUACAACCUGGGCUUACACACACA